AUGAAGGCCGCCGGCUAUCAAUCUCGUAGCUGUAUUGCGGCCAACCAAGCGCGGGCGUGUAAUGAGCGCAAAAUUUGUUCGCCUGGUUGCAUUUUUGAUAGAAAGCAGCUAACGUAUAAACGUUGGCGGCUCAGACAAGUCCAACAACCUCGGCGCGCAAUGGAGUCAUACCAUAGCGUUGCCAUCAUAGGUGGCGGCUUGUCAGGGCUUUAUGCGGCGCAUUUACUGAAGGAACGGUUCCCCGACGUCGUGGUUCUGGAGGCACAGAACCGCGUCGGCGGCCGCAUCAAGCAGGUCCAUGGGAUGGCUCCUUGGCCCAUUGAGGCUGGACCGGAGUUCGUUCACGGUCGCAAUUCCGUCUUUGUUCGCUUCGUGGAGCAGCAGCUGGGUGUGAAGUUUGGGGAGAAAGAAUGGCCCGACUGGUGGUACUUCGGUCCUGAAGUCGGAGGGCAGGGACUGAUCAACGACCAGGACGUGGACGACGAAGUAGACAAAGUUCACGAUUUGUUCGGAGACUGUGGUGAUGAAGCUCACCCACCUCCGGGUCGAGAUCAGUCGGCGGCGGAGUGGAUGGUGGCUAAGGGCUGUACCCAGCGCCAGAUGGCAGUUGCGGACGCGUGCUAUGCGAACGACUUCGGUUGUUCGUUAAAGCAGUUGGGUGUGCGAGAGAUGAUUGAGGAGAACCGCUGCUGGGAUUCGGGUGAGACGUAUCUUUUAAUGGAUCGCUCCAUGGGCUCUGUGAUUACCCAUCUGGCCCGAGACGCAAAUGUACGAACCAGCUGGGUCGUAUCGAGCAUAUCGUACGGUGGAGAGGCCGGAGCGAAAGGCGGCGUGCGGAUUUGCGCGGCUGAUGGGCGAGUAGUGCGGUGCCAGGCAGCACUGCUUACGGUGCCUGUGACUAUCUUGCAGCAAGGCGCCAUCACCUUCUCGCCACCGCUUCCGGCGGCGAAGACUGCGGCUCUGUCCCGCGUGCGAAUGGGCAACGUGGUCAAGGUGGUGCUGUCCUUCAGCAGGCGAUUUUGGAGGGAAGACAUGUACGACGUCGUGUGUCCCGGGGCCUUUGCUCCAGAGUUUUGGAUGCUCAACUACCCUGUGACAAAUCCUGGUGCCGGAACGCCGCAUUGUGUCGUUGGUUUUAUCGCCGGGGAGCGAGCUGACGAGGUCUCGGCCCUGGGCCCGGAGGCGGCGCAGAAGCGCUUCUUAGAGCAGCUAGAUGAGAUUUUCGGAACGGCUGCUGACCCACAUCCCGCCUCAUCUUGUGUCGUGAAGGGCCACGUGGUGGACUGGUCCAAGCAUCUGCGCACUUGCACUCGUUGCAUUAUCCCCCACUAUUACCCCCCACGAGCUUUUUCACCUCCCGAACCUUUUGUCCGCGGCGCCUACUCGUAUCCGUCCCUGGGCGCGGAGCUGGGCGACCGAGCCGCCCUGGCUUCCCCUGUGGCGGGUCGCUUGUUCUUCGCUGGGGAGGCCACUAAUGAGGCCAUUAACCCCUGCAUUCAAGGAGCAAUGCAGACGGCGGAGCGGGCGGCGGCGCAGAUCCGCGCGGCGCUGGACGCCGUUGCCGUCACCGCGGGUGCUGUCGUACGCAGCAAGCUGUAG